AUGGACAUUGACCGUGUAUGCGGAUUGCAUAAUCAUCCACUUGUGGAGCACCUCGAGGGACAUUCAUACGUGGGGAGGCUAUCAAAGGAUGAGAAAGCAUUGUUAAUGGAUAUGUCAAAGAGCAUGGUUCGGCCAAAAGAAAUCCUAGUAACCUUGAAACAGCGAGAUACCCUCAAAGUAAGCACACUUAAAACCAUUUACAAUGUACGCCAUCGAAACAGGGUGGUACAGAGAGCUGAAAGAUCACAGAUGCAACACUUAUUGGGUGAAUUGGCCAAGUAUAAUUACAUUGAGCGCCAUCGGUCUGAAGAGUCCAUGAUGACUUAUGAGACGGUCGAUAACUAUGCGUGGGUGUUAGCUACAUUGCGUGAUGUCAUGGAUGGGUUUGUUGUGCCAACAGUUAUUGUUACUAACAGAGAGCUAGCCUUGAUGAAUGCCAUACAGAAGAUAUUCCCGAGUGCCAGACAUUUAUUAUGUCGUUGGCAUAUCAGUAAGAAUGUGUUGACCAAAUGCAAGAAAAUGUUUGAGACACAGCAAAAAUGGGAGAAGUUCAACCAUGAGUGGAACUCUGUAGUGUAUUCAUCUUUUGAAAUUCAAUACGAGGAGCGUCUUAAAUUAUUACUUAAGGAAUUCAGUAGUUAUCCUAAUGCAGUCAAAUACGUCAUGGAUACUUGGGCUGAGAGUGCACAUGCAAAACUUAAAAGACAAUUGGGUUCAUGUCAAGUCUCAUUUCAGGCAUCAUUUGAGAAAAUACACAGUCUGCUUGAGUUGCAACACACUAAUAUCAAGGCUUCGUUUGAGAAAAGUCUAACUGUUGUGCAACAUCAAUUUAAACCUUCUCAAUUCAGGGAGCUAUGGGGUAAUGUGUCUAUCUCUGCAUUGGAGUAUUUGCUUGUUGAGAGUAAGAGAGCCAAUUCCAUUGGUAUUGAUGUUGAAGCUUGUGGAUGCGUCCUUCGCCACACUCAUGGUUUACCUUGCGCCCAUGAGAUUGCUGACUACAUCAGACAAGAUCGUCAUAUACCACUUGCUACCAUACACUCACAGUGGAGGCAACUUCAUAUCUCCAUAUGCAAGAAAGAAGAGGAAACAGAGGUGACUUGUCAUGCAGAAGUAGAGUUGUUUGUGAACAAGUUUAAUGAAAGUGAUAGAACCAUGCGGUUGGAGCUUUUGAAGAAGUUGAAAGAGGUUGUAUAUCUGGGAAGCACUUUUCUUGUUGAGUCGGAGGUGAAGCCCAAAACACGUCCUCGGGAUGAUCUGUCACAUCUGGUAUGCUGA